UCUCUGACCCACUAACAUUCUCUUCAGUUACUCGGUGGACGUAUACAGAAACACGGAUGAUCGAAAUAAGAGUUCGAAGUGUCAUAGGGCGAUCACAUUUUUUUUUUAUUUUUUUUUUUUUUUUAUUUUUUUUUAAUGUAAACGUCAGGGUAUCGUAAAUCGUAUGAUUCGUUGUUCGUGAUGCGUGUCCAUCGUGGUUUUCUUCCUGGCCUUUUCGUUGGUGUUACUCUCGUGUUCGUCCUUCUAAAUUCAAGGUCAAGUACGGUCACGCUCAACUCUUCCGUCGAUGUCACGAUCGAACCUCGCGAUUUCGACAGAAAGGAUGAUACACGUUUCGUCGGAAAUUAUGCAUUCAAUAUCAACAAGACAUAUCGAUACGUCACGCCCUCCCUGGCUGAAUUGGGCGGUCGUGGAAAUUUGCCCGAGAUGAAUAAGCACGUACUCAUGCUGACACGUGUACCCGGUGCCGGUGCAGAACUAUUGGUGCUGAUCCUGCAACGUUUGCAAGGUUACAAUGCGUUUAAACAUAUUCGUUUGCCGGCUGGUGAUUCUGGACUUUUGACGACGUUACAGCAGGAACUACUCGUGGAAGAGAUAACAAGUAUUAUAAGGCAAGAGGCUAUACCAUUGAGUUUCGAUGGCGAUAUAAGGUUUUUGAAUUUUUCUGAAUUUGGUCGUCAGGCACCAACUUUCUUAGCCUUAGCAAGGGAUCCUUUGGAUCCACGUGCUUUGCAUAGAUAUCGGAAAGGCGGGAUGGCGGCCGUUCUUUAUCGCGGAACGAUCUCUCAUUUUUGUGGACAGGAUCCUCGUUGCUCGAAAAGAAAUAACAAAUGGGCGUUACAACGAGCCAAGGCAAAUGUUGUUCGAUGGUAUCCAGUGGUCGGUCUUCUUGAUUACAUGAAAGAAACUUUACACGUUCUUCAAAAGGAAUUUCCGUACUUUUUCACCGGUUCCCUUCGCAUAUAUAAUAAGUUGCGACCGAAAGAAAAUUAUUUAUCGAAACGUUCGAUAAAUCUCAAAGCACGAGCGAAAAAGGUAUUGGAAGAAAUAAUGGCGGAUGAAGUAGAAUUUUAUAAGUGGUUGAAAUUUCGAUUACUUAAUCAAACAUCCAAUAAUGGAUGAUGAUCAAGUUUAAAGAAUAACUGGUGUUGUUUUUCGAAUCAUGAAAAUUAAUUUUAAUCUUCCAAUUAAAAGAUAGUUAAAAAUAUAUAAUGAUAAAAUAUUCAAUCCUUCGAAUGAAAUGCCAAAGAAAUAAAGUAGUCGAAUAUGUAUGUCAUUUGACACAGGAUAAAUAGAAAAAAAAAAUAUUAUCAUAUUCGUAUGGUGCAUUAUCCUUCGAUUUUGAACGCCUGUUUGUACGUGCAACGCCAUCUUGUAUCAUAUCAGUUACUGAUAUACUUAGAUGUUAAGUUAAUCAAUCCUUGGACACUGUGAAUGUAUGCAUUUCGAUAGCAGCAAACGGUAACGAUAAAGAAUAUAAUCGAGAUCUACAUGGAUAAUAUGUUUUGAAAACAUAUACAAUAAUUUGAAACAUAUACAUACAUUGAAAUUGUUUUUCUCGCUUUUUAUAUCAUUUUUCUACGUUGAUUUAUUGAACAUUUGUAGAAUAAAUACAGAAAAUUGUUGAGUCGAGAAAUGUUCAGAUUUAUGCGAGCUUUCUUUUUCAUAAUUUUUUUUUUUUUUUUACCAAACACUCUUUUUCUUUCGCAUUUACAAUCAUCUCUUUCGAGAAACAACUUGUACAAAAAUUAUUUCACCUCUUUGAAAUGUUAUACCUUUGAGAAAAGAUAUAACUAACGUCAUACAAGCUCUUUCAACAUAAGCACAUAGCGUGUUCAUACAAAAAGACGACGAUACUAUUUAUUUACAAAGACAGAAACUUUAAAAGUUUAAUUCUUCUUACGAAUAGAAUCGUUGUAUGUUGUAGAAGAAAAAUCACAUACUUGAUAAAAAAAAAAAAAAAGAAAAAAAAAGAAAAAAAAAGAAAAAGAAAAAAAGAAAAAAAGAAAAAAAAAGAAAAAGAAAAAAGACGAUGAUAAUAUCAACGACGACGAUACUCUUUUUCACUUUUAACUUCACUUCAUUUUUUAUAAGAACGUCAGAUGAAACGAAUUUCUUUCGUAUGGUAAAAAUUUGAUAGACGACUAAAAAA